AUGGCAGUGGUAACCCCCAUCCUUACACCAGCAUUCCUGACCGCGAUCCGCAAACAACCCAAUCUACCACGAAAUACGUGGUAUUUCAUCACGGCAACAACCCUGUCAGCACUCAAUAGGCCAGACGAGCUACCAAGAGUAUUUAAAAGUGCAUUUGAAGAAGGUUCGGGCGUUAGUGGGGACAGUGCAUCGACUCAUGAUGAGAAGUUGCGCAUCUCCAGACGUCUGAGGGAAGCCCUAUUGAAAGCGUCAGCUGUAGGGGGUAUGCCAAAGACAAUCAAUGCUCUGUUGUCUCUGAAGUCGGCAACGCCAGAGGAUCUCCUCGAUGAAGCGGGAACUGGAACUAACGCAGCAUCACCCAGAUAUAAGGACGUAUAUGACACUCAACCAGCCCAGGUACUUCAAAGAGGGCAAAGCUUCUUCGAAAGCAUAUAUGGAAAGAUAUCAAGACGUAUAAUGGGUCAACUAGAGCGAUCAGGUGCACCAGACUUGGGUCUGCUGGCAAGGUUGACAUAUGGCUACGUGCUCAGUAACACUGAUGUACUUACACCAGCCGAGACCUCAUUCGUCCUUAUUGCCAGCCUUAUUCCACAGGAUGUCAACCCUCAACUCAAAGGACACUUGCGAGGUGCGCUGAAUGGAGGCGCCAGUGAAGAUGAAGUGAGGGCCGUCAGGGACGUAGUGAUUAAGAUAUGUGAAGCUUCAGGUAUGAAGAAACUUGAAGACAAUGCCAUUGGAGGAUGGGGUUGGAGGAAUGAAGUUGCAAAUGUAUAA